UCAACGGGACUGGAAUUGGACUGGAAUAGAUAAAACAUUUUUAUCAUAUUUUUUGUAAUGAAAUUCUCGCGGAUUGCUUGAUCGAUUGGCGAUUGCUUGAAAAUCUAUCGCAAUUGCGUUAUUUGAGUUUAAUAGGUGUUCUGUGGUGUGACAUUCAUUCGAUUCAUCAUGUUUAGAUGCGUUGUGCCGAAAAUACUCGUACGACGCAUUUUCCAGUCAACCUUUCACGAAGGAAGUGAGGCUAUGCAGUUGAAACAAGCGAAUCAAAUUCAAAUGGUUAGAGGAUUAGAAGAGGCCACAGCCGCUGUGAAACAACUGAAUCAAAUGGUUACAAAGCUACAAGAGGCCAGAGCUGAUGGAAAAUCAGCAAAGGAAGAAAGAGAAAUUGUGUACAGCGAGUUCAUCGGAAACAACAAGGAAUUGGAUGACGACAAGAAAGAUGAGAUAGAGGAAAAACUCCAAGAAUUAAUGGGAAAAUUGGAGAGUGCACAAAAUACUUUGGAAUAUUAUCACGAACUAUCCGUUGAUUUUGACGUUAAUUUUAGAUGUGGAUUCGAAUAAACGUUUUAUUUUAUUCGUCAA